AUGGCAGAAGAAUAUUCAUGGGACAGUUAUUUAAAUGAUCGCCUUUUAGCAACCAAUCAAGUUUCAGGAGCUGGAUUAGCUUCGGAAGAAGAUGGAGUUGUCUAUGCUUGUGUAGCUCAGGGUGAAGAAAGUGACCCAAAUUUUGAUAAAUGGUCACUCUUUUAUAAAGAAGAUUAUGAUAUUGAAGUUGAAGAUGAAAAUGGUACCAAAACUACCAAAACCAUAAAUGAAGGACAAACUAUCCUAGUAGUUUUUAAUGAAGGAUAUGCUCCUGAUGGAGUUUGGCUCGGUGGUACUAAAUAUCAAUUUAUAAAUAUUGAAAGAGAUUUAGAAUUUGAAGGUUAUAAUUUUGAUGUAGCUACUUGUGCUAAAUUAAAAGGUGGUCUUCACUUGGUGAAAGUUCCAGGAGGAAAUAUAUUAGUUGUAUUAUAUGAUGAAGAAAAAGAGCAAGACAGAGGAAACUCCAAAAUCGCUGCCUUGACUUUUGCAAAAGAGCUAGCUGAAAGUAGCCAAUAA